UGUAACAGGUCUUUAUUGAACUUAGGCCAUGGUCUACUUAAUGAAGUCCAUGAUACAUGUGAUCUGUUGUCAUGUUUGAAAGAUAACACUCUUUGGUGGAAAUCCUCCAGAUGAGAAGAGAUAGCAGAGUGAGAGUGACUGGCAGAGAUGUGUCCCCUCUCUGGCAAGAGCGGUCCCUCUCUGGCAUCUCCACUGCCUGAGUUAGCCAGGUCAGUGAGGAGGAGCCAAGCCAACAAAAGAGGGGCAUCGCUGGCCCCACAGACACCAAGGGACCCAGGGGAGAUCCAAAUUGAAGGGCACUGCUGGUCCCCAAAAAUCCAGAUAGAGGUGCAUCUAGGAGAGAGGAAAGCAUCGUUGAACCCUUAUCAUUUCAAGAGGACCUGGACUGGUUCCUCAGGAUCCAUGGGACAAGGCUAGAUCAGUAGACGCUUUGAAAGAGGACGACUAAUUGAUCCAUGUGGACUCUAGGGCGAUGGCGCUGAUUGGCCGCUGUCUGCUGGUUGUGGUGUUGUGGGUUGGGGUCAGAGAAGGGGCCGGUGGUGAGCAGAUGAAGCAGGCCCAGGCUCCUCUUAUCCCUCACCGGCCCUUUAUCGUAGUGUGGAACGCCCCCACAGAGUCCUGCCGCCUUCGUUUCAAGGUGGACCUGGACCUCAGCGUCUUUGACAUCGUGGCCAACCUCAACGAGACCCUUAGCGGGCCUAAUGUUACCAUCUUCUACCACAGCCACCUGGGCUAUUACCCUUACUAUGCCAGCUCUGGGAACCCCAUCAAUGGGGGCCUGCCCCAGAACCAGAGCCUGUCCAAGCACCUGAGCAAGGCCAGGGCCGACAUCGACAAGCUCAUCCCCCACAAGGACUUCCGAGGCCUGGGUGUCAUUGACUGGGAGAACUGGAGGCCCCAGUGGGUGCGCAACUGGGGCUCGAAGGACAUCUACCGCAACAAGUCCAAGGAGCAGAUCCGGAAGCUCCAUCCAGGUUGGCCUGAGAGCAAGGUGGAGAAUGAGGCCAAGGAGGCCUUUGAGAGGGCCGGACAGGCCUUUAUGAACAAUACUCUACUGUUGGCAGAAAGUCGACGACCUGACGGCCUCUGGGGCUUCUACCUGUUCCCCGACUGCUACAACUAUGGCUACAAGACGCACCCGCAUCGCUACACAGGUGAAUGCCCCAACGUGGAGCACGUCCGUAAUGACCAUCUGAUGUGGCUUUGGAGGGAGAGCACAGCCCUCUACCCCUCCGUGUACCUAGACUACGAACUCAAGUCCUCGGCCAACACCGUCAAAUUCGUCCACUACCGUGUCAAAGAGGCCAUGAGGAUUGCCUCCAUCGCACGCACCGACUUCACACUGCCUGUGUUUGUCUACUCUAGACCCUUCUAUGCCUACACCUUCACGGUCCUCUCAGAGAGUGACCUGGUGCACACUAUUGGAGAGAGUGCAGCUCUUGGGGCAUCAGGAGUGGUACUUUGGGGCUCCUCAGAAUAUGCUCGAACUCAGAGAAACUGCCUGACCGUGAAGAAGUACAUUGACGGCCCUUUAGGCCACUAUGUCAUCAACGUCACCUCAGCCGCCAAGCUGUGCAGCAAAGCCCUGUGCAAGAAGAACGGCAAGUGUGUGAGGAAGAGCCUCGACUCAGGGGCCUACCUCCACCUCAACCCCCGCUUCUUCCACAUUCGCAGCAACCUGGGCCCCCGGGGGCCCCGCUUCCACGUGAGCGGCCAUCUUAACAACCACGACAUCCUGGACAUGAAGCACAAGUUUACUUGCCAGUGCUACCAGGGCUGGACGGGGGUCUACUGCGAGAUGCCCCAGAUGCCACCGCUCCCUCCCAUGCCCCGACCCAGGGACAACAGCCUGCUAGGGGACAUACUGGUCAUCCUGUCACUUCACUUCUCCUGUCUGUGUGUCAUCAUGUUCCUUGGCCUCUGCCUCAUCAUCAAGUGUUUGAUACUGUAGAGCAGUGCUUCUCAAUUAUUUUCUGUUACGCCCCCCCUAGGAAGAAGUAAACAUUUCGCACCCCCAAACUCUCCGCCGCGACUGUAAAUAGUAUCAUUUGUCUAUAAAAUAGUUAUAAGUACACCUCUGCAUAACAUUGUAUCCUUAUUAACAUUAAAGAAAA